UGCUGAAUGUUAACUUGCUAGGACUUGUCAUAGCGUCUUCCGUGUGCUGUAUGAUUGGCGUAUUUUCGUAGAUCUCCACACAAUGCGAAUCGACUGACUGUGUUGAGGCUCCGUUUUUCUAGCCUGUUGAUUCCGUAUAAAUGUAGUUGAACGAUUUGGAGAUUUACUUCUACCUCCAGGCAUCUAUCUCAUUAUAAGCACCGGCGGAUCAGCUACAUCCAGACACUGGUGGCUCAGACAGACAGGGUGGAAUCAUGGCCUCCUCAUCACUGAAGAGUUCUUUUAUUUGUGUUAUUUACGCUGCACUGAUUUUUGGAAGCAUACUUUGUGACUCUGAAGCUGAAGAAGACGAACAUGCGAAACAUACAUACACAGUAGAAAUGUUCAACAAUGCCAUUACUACUGCUCCGCACUUUGUCAUGUUCUUCGCUCCAUGGUGUGGCCACUGCCAAAGGCUUCAGGGCACAUGGAACCAGUUGGCAGACAAAUACAACAACAUGGACUCUCCCCCAGCCUACGUUGUAAAAGUAGACUGCACUAAAGAUACCAAAUUCUGCUCCAGCAACCACGGUAUCCGUGGCUAUCCAACCCUGAAGCUGUUCAAGCCUGAGCAAGAUGCAGUGAAGUAUCAGGGGUCGAGGGACCUGGAGUCACUGGAGUCCUGGAUGCUGAAAACACUGGAGGAAGAACCUGCUGAGCCAGAGAGCGAACCUGAGCCUCCUAAGGUCCCAGAGCCAAAGCAGGGCCUGUAUGACCUCACAGCCUCCAACUUCAAGGCCCACAUUUCCAAAGGUGCCCACUUCAUCAAGUUCUUUGCCCCCUGGUGCGGCCAUUGUAAAGCCUUGGCACCUACCUGGGAACAGCUGGGCUCCACAUUUGAGCAUUCAGACAACGUCAAGAUUGGCAAGGUGGACUGCACCCAGCACUACGAGGUCUGCUCGGACAACCAGGUGCGCGGCUACCCCACCCUCCUGUUCUUCAAGGACGGCGAGAAGGCGGACCAGUACCGCGGCAAGCGUGAUCUGGACUCGCUGAAGGAGUUUGUGGAUGGCCACGUAAAAGCCGCAGCGGAGCCCGAUGAGGAGGAUGUCAAGGCCAACGAGGUGCCAGUGCCCAGUGCAGAGCCUGAGAAAGAGGAGUCCAAGGUGGUGAUCCUCUCUGAAAGCAACUUUGAUGAGAUUGUGGGUAAAGGCCUUACCUUCAUCAAGUUUUAUGCCCCAUGGUGUGGCCACUGUAAGAACCUGGCCCCAGCAUGGGACGACCUGUCCAAGAAGGACUUCCCUGGCCUCAUGGACGUGAAGAUCGGCAAGGUGGACUGCACAGUGGAGAGGACACUCUGCAAUCGCUACUCUGUGCGCGGCUACCCCACGCUGCUGAUGUUCCGUGCUGGGCAGCAGGGGGAGGAGCAUAAUGGUGGGAGGGACCUGGAGUCACUUCACAGCUUUGUGAUGAAGCAGGCCAGGGAUGAGCUGUGAGUGAUGUCAUCAAACAGCGCCAGUCUACUUGCUCAUCUCUGCACAAAUCCCCCCCCCCCCCCCCUCCUUCCAUACACACACAUACAUUCACAUACUCACAAAGGCUAGCUUCUCUUUUCUAAAGCUGCUCCCCCACUUGUAGGAGUAGCUAAAUCAAUGGACUGCUUUUUCUACCCCAUUACCAUGUCAAAGCCUUUUGGGGUUUACUCUAUUUGUUAGUUUAUUCAAUGAAAUGUGAAUGUAUUGAUUUCAUUACAACUCGAUCCCAAUGUUGGAGCGUUGAAGUUGAUUGUGUAAUGAAAUUACACACGCGAUAGACAACCACUCUGCCAGCAGACACACAUGAUCUUUCUCCUAUAUAUUUUCUUUGUACUUUUUUUUUUUUUUUAAACAAUGAUGAACUGUGGAUGGCAGUCUUUAGUGCCUUCCUUAAAGAAUAUUCUUCACAGGCAGACUUAUGUCUGAUUCACCCUGGGGUCAUCAAUGAAAGACCUUGUGGAUGUUUGUUCUUUUUAAAAAUCAAUAACCAAGCAUCCAAAGUUACUGUAAUGGGAGAGAGUCUAGUGGUCUCUGCUGAGGUUAAGUAUCAAUGGUACGCUCAUCUACGCCAGUCACGGCCUCACUAACUCAAACGACACUCUCAGGGAAAGACCCCCGCUCUUAGCUCCUGAGUCUACUGCACUCUCCCAGCUGUCAGGUCCUGUCUCAGUCAUGUGUUGCUUCAUCAACUGCUUUUGUAUGUUUUCUUUUUUUCCUAUGAAGUGAAUUACUUGUGUCCAGAUAUGAAAUGUACUUUAAUUUGUUUAGUCCUCUGUAAUGUCACAGCUUUUUGUUGUUAUUGUUUGGGAAGGGAAGGGAAAACAACUCUGAUCUGCUGAGUGUUAGCUUAUACUGUGAUGGAAUGAGUGAGAAGAUCACGCAUGUCAUGCAUGUCCUUUCUGUAGGUUGCAUCUGUGUGGACAGUUAAGUUUUUUUCCAUUCAUUUUUUUGUGUCCUCACAAACCUCAUAUACACAGUGUAUGUGUGUGUUGCAUACUGGUUUUGUAUGAGUCAUGGGGCGCCAUAGCAGAGCCGUGUAUGUCAGGAUGACCAGAUGCAUUAGUGCACCACCCGAGUCUGAACAACCUCACCCUUUUGUUUCUGCACAUUCGGAUGCAGUGCAAAAAAACAACAAUUUGUGAAAAGGAUGACCUUUUUGAAGUUCUACAAAAUACUGUAAUAUGUACCUCAGGAUACGUUUUCUAAACUGUACAGAGACAUAGAAACAAAUUGAAGAAUGGUUGCUCUGGUGGGAGAUUAAAGCCAGUGAAUCUCCGCACAUAAGUUUCUCUGAAAGGACCCAUUCUUCUGUGCUCACCCAACUGCUUUUCAUUGCCGAUCUUCACAGUUGAACGUGUGUGUAUACAGCUAAUUUUGACCAGAACUGUUUUGUUACAUGAGGGUGAGGAAGAAUGAGACCGGAGUACAGACUGCACUUGUUUACAACAUGUGUGGUCCUAUCUCGUCUUUGGCAUUAAGUGCAGCAGAGUUGCAAACUUCUCAGACUAUUAUUAUUAUUUUUUUUUUUGUUUGUUUGUUGUAAUUUGCUGCACUUAGAGAGAGUUGAAUACUCAACAUGCAAAGAGAAUGAGGGGAAUUUGAAAGCAUGAAGAGGAGAAACCACUCGCUCAAAGUAAAAGUCUUUAUGGAUAGCACAUGUUGUAGUCAGACUCCAGUGACAGAAAAAGCAGUAUUUUCUCCUCGCAAGUGGGAUGUACAUGAACUGCCCAU